AUGCCGGCGAAGGCGCUCAAGAUGGACGCGAGAAGGCUGAAACACAAGUACAAGAAGAGCCUGAACGAGUUCGUCUAUUACGCAGACGGGUUUGCGCAGGUUUUGCCCGAGGACAAGCACCAGAUCGUGAAGUUGCUGCAGGACCAGAAGUGCAUCGUCGGCAUGACGGGCGACGGGGUGAACGACGCGCCCGCGCUGAAGAGGGCGGACAUUGGGAUUGCGGUGGCGGACGCCACGGACGCCGCGCGCGCGACGGCGGACAUCGUCCUGGUGGCGCCGGGCCUUUCGGUGAUAGCCAACGCGAUAGUGGGGAGUCGGAAGAUAUUCAGGAGGAUGAAGAGCUACGCGACGUAUUCGGUGGCGGCGGCGGUUCGAAUAGUGCUGACGUUCACCUGUCUGACGACGAUAUUUGACUAUCCCUUUCCGACGUUGGCGGUGGUAAUGUUUGCGAUCAUCAACGACGGGACCAUGAUAGUCCUCGCGAGAGACCGCACGACGCCUUCGCAGUACCCGGAAAAGCGUUCGGGGCUGCGCAGGAUCAACAGAAAAGAGCUCUCGGGCGUGAUUUACCUGCAAGUGUCUAUCUCCGGCCUCGCCGUCGUGUUCUUCACGCGGACCGACUCCUGGUUCUUCCUUGACAUGCCGCACAUUUACCUGAUCCUCACCUUCAUCGGGGCGCAGGGAGUCGCCUCGGUGAUCGGCGCGUACGGACUCGGGGGGUACGUGUCGGAGGGGACGACGUUCAGCGGGGGCGGGUGGGGUUGGGUGCUUGCCACGUGGAUAUACGCCAUCAUCUGGGAGCUGCCGAUAGACCUGAUAAAGAUAUCGGUGCAGUCGCUGAUGUCGCUGAGGCUCCACUCGGACAAGAGCCUGCCGCUGUGGAGGAGGUACAGGCUCGGUCCCAAAAGGCCGCCGAUCCGCGAGGCCGUGGAGCAACAGAGGAAGUCGAUGGAGGCGCAGCGCGAGAAGUCGGGUUCUUAG